AUGGAGUCUAUACGCCAGAGAAUCCAGAUCCCCGACUCCAUCAAGCAGAUCCCCGACCAGCUCAAGCCCAAGUCCCCCAAGGCCCUCGACAAGGGCGCUGACUCCAUCCCCACCUCGCUCACGCCCACCCCCGUCUCCCCGCCGCUGGCGACCCCGUCCCACGGCGACCUCGGCGCCGUCCUGACCAUCGCCUGCGCGACGCCCAUCGCCGCCAAGCCCACCACCGUCCUCGCCACCGUUCUCAACCCGGCCACCUACCCGACCUGGAACACCUUCGUCCCGCGCGCCACCGUCUCCCGCCCCUCGGGCCUCGCCGUGCCGCCCAUGCUGUCGGGCGAGCCCUCCAUCGCCAAGCUCCAGCCCGGCGAGCUCCUGCUCGAGGGCACCCACGUCACCUUCGAGGUCCACCUGACGCUCGACCCGGCCAAGACGACGACCAACCAGGCCCUCGUCGUCACCAAGCUCGAGGAGUUCACCCGCACCGACGCCGACGCCAACGGCGAGACCCACCGCGGCCGCAAGGGCUACCGCGUCUGCUGGAAGACGGGCGGCCUCGUGCCGCCCUUCGUCCUCAAGUCCGAGCGCGUCCAGGAGUUCCUCGAGACCGAGGAUGGCACCGGCACCGAGUACCGCUGCUGGGAGACCUUCUACGGGCCCCUCGCCCAGGUCCUGCGCUUCACCAUGGUCAGCCAGCUGGAGACCGGCUUCGCCGCCUGGAUGGACGGCCUGAAGAACCACCUCGAGGGGAGGACGGCCCAGGCCCCUGCCGCCGCCGCCGCCGCUGCUGCCGUAGCUGCUCCCGCGACCACUCCCGCCGCGGCGCCGGCCGCGGCGCCAGCCGUCGCUGCCGCUUCGUGA